AUGACGAAUUCAUCGAAUUAUUCACAGUUGACGACGUCGUCGUCAAAGACACCUCCAACGACACCCACUACUCAACGAUCGCCGGUUCCACGGAAUGGAAGUGCUGGGUUGUGCGACUGCGACAUGCGUUCACAGUUGGAGGAAGAAGCAAUCGCAGCAGUCCGUGAAUUUUCCUAUGCUGUGCAGUCGGUAUAUAUUUCGGAGAUGCUGCCACGUACCAAUGAGUUGCUUUUCCUGAAUCUGACAACAUUCGAGAACUCUACGUAUUGCAUUGAACUGACAGGAAAAGGUUGGCGGAUUGCUAGCAAUCGUGCGGACUGUAUGAAUGGUGAUUUCCGUCAGCUUCAUAUGCACACGCAAUAUUUCGAGUCGCUUGGUCAGCUACUUGAUUCGAUUUCUCCCUUGUACAGGGAAAGAUUUGGUGGACAGCUCAUAAAUAAGCUGAACGAUCUGAACGAUCUUGAAAAGCGGAACUGA